CAUAAAUGAAAAUUGUAUGAUUAGCAAUUUUGGUCAACCCGGGACAAAUGAAAAACUGAAAUAAAACGAUUCAGAAGAGUGGGCAAGUUGCACAAAGUUCUGUGACUACAUUUGUUCAAUCUUUUGUCAUUUUUGGACAAGAAAAAGGAGUUUUUGACUCAAAAUAAUCUUGUAUAUAACUUCCUUGACUUAUAAAAAAAUGUCGUCAUCCUGCUUAAAACUUCGCUGAUUAGCAUCAAAAAACAAGUAAAGUUUUUUCUUUACACUAAAAUUUUGAUUUUUGCUUUCCGUAUUGCAUAGCUGUCGAUUGCUUUCUAACCGCUCGUUUUUGCGUGACAUUCGUUCGAUUCAAUCAUGUUGCUCGUAAACUAUUCAUGACUGUAAUGUCUUGAGAUUUUUUCUCUAAUAGGGGCGUUUCAAUCGGUCUCACGACCUUGUUAAUGGCAAUCUGUAGUUAUUAAUUUUUUAUCACAUGAGCGUUUAAAACUAUAGAAUUAUUUUUUGAAGCUUCAUUUCACUCCUUUAUCGAAAAAACGACAGAACAAAUAAAAAAAUUAGAAAAAGAUUUUUUUUUUUUGAAAAUUGCACAGAAAACUGAUUAUUUAGACAAGAAAAAAAUUGAAAAUUAUAUAUUUAGGAUCCUUUUAUGCGCAAAGAGGAUUUCGUGUAAUUUAUCAUAUACUUAUGUUUUUUAAAAAACAUCAUUAGAAUUGAUUUUUAUCCAUUUUGUCAUUGCUGUCUUUCCUAUUUACUAUUUACUCGUUCGAAUAAUGUUAGGACUGCCUGCUUAUGUGCGGUACAAAGUGAGGGUGAAAUAUAAUGGGAAUGAGACUUUUUGAACAGCCUUUUCUUCCGAUAUAAAUCUUUAAAAAAGUGUCAUUGUUGCAACCGCCGGGUGAAAGAGUCAGAUUCGCCCCCGCGUCAGAUGUAAAAUGUCAGAUGAAAGUUCUGUAUUAAAACUAAUUUGUCAUAUGAUAACCUUACUGUCUGAUAUUGUGACAUUUCCGAGAGGGGUCUUCUCAGAGGAGACAAACUUUGCCUGUUCUUCCCACUGAAUGACACUACUUUGAAUGACUCUUUUCUCAAUAAGGUCUUAAAAUUUCCGCUAAAUCCGCAGCUAGUGUAGGAAAAAUAGAGUUUUGAACAUGGUCUAUUCCAGGCUAUUUGCAUUGUAUUAACAGCCAAUGUGUCCCUUAGCGGUUAUAAAACAGGAAAAGGUAAAAUUUGCGCCAUAAAGCUAGUCAUAUUUCAGGUAAGUGUCUCCUCACAAAAGCACCCUUUUUCAUUUCCUGUUCCUGAAACGUAAUUGGUUUUAAACAAAAAAUGAGCUCAAAUUUAAAUACCUCAUUGUAAACCAGGAAACUGUCACAUUUUAUCAAGUUCACUUAACCUUUUCAAUUCUGCCACAAGAGCGCCUUUGCUUCUUGGGGUAAAUUGAAAUUCGCUGAAGGUAAUCCCCGGUUAGUGUCUUGAGAUCCCUAUUGACGGGGUGAUACAGCCAGUGAUCCAAAUUUAUUCACAAGAAUGUCAGUUUGUUUAUGAACGGAUUUUCAGGGACUUAACGAAUGCCUUCAAGUAUCUAGCCGGGUUGCCUUGUAAUCUUUUGAAUCCUGAAAGCCUCUGAUUCGAACAAGGGAGUUAGAGUGCCUUUCAAGCGAUCAAUCCUGUUUCUUCUUCUUUCUUAUCAAUUCUCUUUUAAAACAUUUCAACCAUCUUGUCCCGAUGAACUUUGUUUUUAGAUUGUAACUGCAAAAAAGUAUAUAAACUUAAAAGCAGAAUUGCCACAGCAAUUCCUGUAUCGUAAAAAAGUCGGAGAUUAAUUUAUAUAAUAUUUUCAGAAGUGCAGCAAAAUAAUUUGAAAUAUAUGAUUGUAUCUUAAAAAAGUAUCCCAAACUUCUGAAAAUGAAUUUGAAAAUGAUUUCUAUUUGCGGUAACAAAGUUAUUUCAUAAAAACUCCAUUCUAUUUUUAAUUCAUUGAUUUUGAUUGACUUCACUUUCGAUUUUGUUUUACAUAUUGUUAUAUAAAAUCGGUCAUCCAGAAGAACGCAAGGACUUUUUUUUAGCAUCUUGAGCUUCUUUACAGCUUGAUGGUUUGGGUUAGCUGUUAUUUCUAUUUUGAUUGAUUCAGUCGAAGCAAAUCAAUUAUAUUGAUUACCUUAAUGUCUUCAAAUUUGAUGCGCCUUUCAAAUUUUGCCUCAGUUCGAAUCCAAAGCCAUCGCAUUAUUCUGCACGAUCUGAAAAUUUAUCACCGCUAGCUACUUUAUUAAAAGGUAAUCGCGCGCGGCGAAAAAAUCGAUUAUCUUUUUUUCUGUUUGCCAAAAAUAGAACAAUUUUGCAGGUAAAGUGCAAUUGAGCUCAACUGUUUUGGUAGUUGAAAAGACCGCAUUAAAUUUUGAUCAACUAAUUCCCAGUGAAUUGGAACUGCGACCAGACAUUACAACUAGUUCCAGAUAUCCAUCAAUAAUCAUCGCUGAGAUUUGACUGAACUCAGAGAGCAGAUAUACUUCUGAAUUCAUCAAAUACAAUUUUUUGUCUUCAUUGAACUGUAAAUUAAAAGCUGCCUGAAAUAUCUUUUUAACUUUGGAUUCUUAUAAUGUUCACUGGAUGCUCUAGAUAAUGAUCUGAUUUGUCUAAAAACCAUAUUACACUUUUGUCGUUUUUGAUUUCCAUUUCAAUCGAAUUCAAGUUUUCAUUAUCUUCGCUUGUUUGGUUAAAAAAAAAUAAAGUCCGGCCAAAAAACUGUCUCAACCGGACGUCAAUUUCAUUAACUUUGCUUUUAUUCUGACGACAACUAGAUAAAUUUGAUUUGGAAAAGUCCCCGGCCGAUUUUUCCGAUUGCUGGAUUCAGUUGCCUCCUAUAAAUUAUAUCUUGUCUGUUGUGUUGGUCAUAGUCAGAGCUGUAUUUCAUACAUGUUGGCAUCUUGUGUUUGGCCUUGAUGUCGCCCUCAGAGGCAGUGCAAUAUCCCGUCCGCUUCUGCUGCUGACAUUUUUACGACCGAUCAGGGCUGAGAGGACAUAGAGAAGAAAGGAAGGAAGGAAGCAGAAGAACAAGAAUAAGAAGAGCCUCACUUCACCGCCUCUCUGUUCAGCUGCAAAUGAACUUGCCAAGUCAUCUCAGAACUAAAGGCAGCAGCAUAGGCUGGACUCCAGAGGUGACGCGGGUGAUCUUCGUGGACCCGACUGAGGUGAUAGUGCAGUGGAGCACUCUGGCUGGUCUGGACAUCUCCGAGUUCAUUCUAGUGGUGAUGUUGCACCAGUCACAGGACACAACUGAGGAGCCACUGAUUGUCACACCUGGACAAAAGAGCCAAGCGAAGCUGAAGGACCUAGUACCCGACUCUCAUUACUCUGUGAGGAUAGCUGCCAAGACAGUGGUCUACGGGACUACCAAGUUCUCACAGGCAUAUCACUUCAUGACAUCCGACGAAUGAAGAGGAAUAUUCACAGAAGCACUCUGUGAUUCAACACAAAAACAGCCCAAAACCGAUAUUUUAUUUUAUUCUGAUCCAUAGUUUAGCUUUAGCAAGGUUAAAUAAAAAAAUUCGUACUUCA